UUUUGCUUCCCAUGCCAGUGGGACAUUUUGCUGUGGACAUUUUCGAGUAAAUAAAACGCCGGAAGGGAAUUUUAGUGGCGAUUUGCGCAUUUCUAGAGAUCUAUUAAUAAAACCGGACUAUCUUGUCAAAAUACGAACCAAUUAAUGAUAUCAGACACGUGUUACGUUGUUUCUGCCCUCGCCACAGCCGGCUAAGAGAGACGGAAGCACGUUGAAAGAGGUAGCCCCACUCUCCAGUCUUCGAAGCCAAAGUCAAGGAGUUUACUAAGUCUACAACCAAAUCACUGCCUAAAUUAUUAAUAACAGUUACAGUACAAACCGUAGAGAGAUGAGUCUGCAAUCGAUCAAAUACUCGCGGGGAAGCCUGGACAUCCUCGACCAGCUGCUGCUGCCCGUCCAGUCCAAGUAUGUGGCCGUCCGCGGCGUGGAGGACGGCUGGAAGGUCAUUAACAAAAUGCAGGUAAGAGGUGCCCCCGCCAUCGCCAUCGUGGGAUGCCUUUCCCUGGCCGUGGAAAUCUACCCCGAGGAGUUCGAGAACAAGAAGAGGCUGCGCCAGGAGGUGGAGGGAAAGCUUAACUACUUGGUUUCCGCUCGACCCACGGCGGUCAACAUGAAAAUCGCCGCGGAUGAGCUGUUAGCCCUGGCCAACGACCUCACCAAGGACGAGACCAUCGACGUAGCCGCCAUGAAGGACAGAUUCCUGAAUGCCACCGAGGCGAUGCUCGAGAAAGACAUUGCCGAUAACCGAGCCAUCGGAGCACAUGGCGCCAAGGCGAUUCUGAAGCGUGUGGCGGAGACGGCCGGCGCUCCAACUGGUACGACGGGACCAGUGCGGGUACUCACCCACUGCAACACGGGCUCCCUAGCCACCGCCGGAUAUGGAACGGCUCUAGGAGUAGUGCGUCAGCUGGCCGAACUGGGAAAACUGGAGCACGUGUACUGCACAGAAACCCGUCCGUACAAUCAGGGAGCUCGACUCACAGCCUAUGAACUGGUGCACGAGAAAUUCCCAGCCACCUUGGUCCUGGACAGCAUGGUGGCGGCUCUUCUGCGGGCCAAGAAUGUGGCUGGAGUGGUGGUCGGAGCUGAUCGGGUGGCUGCCAAUGGCGACACGGCCAACAAAAUAGGCACCUACCAAAUCGCGGUUGUGGCCAAGCACCACGGUGUGCCCUUCUAUGUGGCCGCCCCACUAACCUCCAUUGAUCUGGCCAUACCGGGCGGCGACCACAUCAUUAUUGAGGAGCGACCGGACCGGGAGAUGACGCACGUGGGAGAGCACCGCAUCGCUGCGCCAGGCAUAAACUGCUGGAACCCCGCCUUCGAUGUGACACCCGCUAGUCUGAUCACCGGCAUCAUUACAGAGCGAGGCGUGUUCAAGCCGGAAGAACUGAAAGAGGCGAUCACCAAGCUGCUCGAGUCAUAACAGGCGAACAGAAUUUGUUUUGUUUACAAAUGCACUCCAUACCCCCUAAAAACAGAAACCGCAAAAAACAAGAGCACACUCAUGCGCUCGGAAUAGGCAUUUUGCCAGCCGAGUUUUGUAUACAAACGUGUUCUCGUUGGUAGUGCCGCCUGCUUAGCAGAUGUGGGUCUACCGAUGGGAAAAUAGAACGCACAAUAUACCUCCUACAUAUGUAGCCCCA